CAAUGGCACCUAUUUUCUCUCUUGUUAUUGUCAUUAUUUUCCUGAUCUCCACCGCAGUGGUCUCUGCCGCCACAGGCCCUGAUUAUGGCUUCACCGUCGAACUCAUCCACCGUGACUCCCCCAAGUCCCCUAUGUACAACCCAUUGGAGAAUCACUACCACCGUGUCGCUGACACUCUCCGUCGUUCCAUUAGUCAUAACACGGGGUUGGUGACAAACACAGUGGAGGCUCCUAUUUAUAACAACAGAGGUGAAUACCUCAUGAAAUUAUCCGUUGGAACGCCACCGUUUCCGAUUAUAGCUGUUGCUGAUACAGGAAGCGAUAUCAUUUGGACCCAGUGCGAGCCAUGCACAAAUUGCUACCAGCAAGACUUGCCCAUGUUUAACCCGAGUAAAUCGACGACUUACAGAAAAGUGUCGUGUUCGUCGCCGGUUUGCUCGUUUACCGGCGAGGAUAAUUCAUGUUCCUUUAAGCCUGAUUGUACGUACUCGAUUUCUUACGGCGAUAACUCCCACAGCCAAGGAGAUUUUGCUGUUGAUACCCUUACUAUGGGGUCUACCUCUGGUCGCGUUGUGGCAUUUCCUCGUACUGCGAUUGGUUGUGGUCAUGACAAUGCUGGGUCUUUUGAUGCUAAUGUUUCCGGCAUUGUUGGACUCGGGCUAGGUCCGGCUUCACUUAUCAAACAAAUGGGAUCGGCUGUUGGUGGAAAAUUCUCUUACUGUUUAACUCCGAUUGGAAACGAUGAUGGUGGAUCCAACAAACUUAACUUUGGCUCAAAUGCCAAUGUUUCUGGCUCUGGAGCUGUUUCAACCCCUAUUUAUAUCAGUGAUAAAUUCAAAAGUUUCUACUCGCUGAAGUUAAAAGCUGUGAGCGUAGGACGGAAUAAUACAUUUUAUUCUACUGCUAAUUCAAUAUUAGGCGGAAAAGCAAAUAUCAUCAUCGACUCUGGCACCACGCUUACUUUACUUCCAGUCGAUUUAUACCACAACUUUGCCAAAGCAAUUUCCAACUCAAUAAACCUCCAGCGCACGGAUGACCCGAAUCAAUUCUUGGAAUACUGCUUCGAAACUACCACUGACGACUACAAAGUGCCAUUCAUCGCCAUGCACUUUGAAGGCGCCAAUUUGCGCCUUCAACGAGAAAAUGUGCUCAUUAGGGUAUCGGACAACGUCAUUUGUUUGGCCUUCGCCGGUGCCCAGGACAACGAUAUUUCGAUCUACGGAAACAUUGCACAGAUCAACUUCUUGGUUGGUUAUGAUGUUACUAACAUGUCUCUCUCUUUCAAGCCGAUGAAUUGCGUUGCCAUGUGAUUCCCACGUUCUUCUUUGUUAUUUUAACGUUUUAGAGAUGAAAGUUUUUAUAUAUAUAUCCAUGCAUGCAUGCAAAAUUGUAGUGGUUAUUAUAUUUAUAUUAAUAUCGAG